UCAAUCUGAGCAUAAUCCAGCAGACCUGGCAAGUAGAGGAGUUUCCCUCCAAGAUCUAGCCGAUAGCCAGUUAUGGUGGCACGGACCGACUUGGUUGCAAAAUCCACGCAACCAAUGGCCAACUCAGGUCAACGCUCCGGUGACCGACCUGGAGAAGCGUGCUCUAAAAGUCCAUCUCGCGAAAGCUCCUUCUGAAGAGUUGUUGGCACGCUUCUCCAAGCUAGAGAAAGCUCUACGAGUCCUUGCUUAUGUUUAUCGCUUCAUUCAGCGGUGCAGGAAGCAGACAUCUCCAUCUGAUGUGCAUCUACUGGCCACUGAAAUCGCCGCCGCCGAGCGGUUCCUAAUUUCGAACACUCAGCGCAGAGAAUUCCCUGUGGAAUAUCACUGCCUAAGUGAAAAGCGUCCAGUGCCAAGUUCAAGUGCCAUCCUAAGCAUGAACCCGUUUCUAGAUCCGCAAGGACUGAUCAGGGCAUGCGGCCGUGUGGCGGCUUCCGAAAGCCUUCAAUACAAUGAACGCCAUCCAGUGAUUCUUCCGUAUAACUGCCUGCUUUCUCGCCUCCUUGCGAAUUUCACGCAUCGCAUAACUCUCCAUGGUGGUAACCAGUUAAUGGUGCGCCUCAUCCGGUCGAAAUACUGGAUUCCGAGAAUCAAGAACCUGAUGAAAGCAGUGGUAAAUUCGUGCAAAGUAUGUGUGAUCCACAAAAAGCGCUUGCAAAGCCAACUGAUGGGUGUCCUGCCCAAAGAAAGAGCAUCGUUCUCCCGACCAUUCACGUAUACUGGCAUGGAUUACGCCGGUCCGUUCGAUAUAAAGAACUAUACGGGAAGAGCAUGUCUUAUUACAAAGGGGUAUGUGUUAGUUUUUGUUUGUUUCUCCACCAAGGCCAUCCACUUAGAGCCUACAUCUGACUUAACGACCGAGAAGUUUCUUGCCGCUUUCUCUCGUUUUGUAUCCAGAAGAGGGUGUCCACGUCAAGUCCAGUCAGACAAUGGCAAAACCUUUGUUGGCGCUGCCACCCUGCUUUCCCGCGAUUUCCUUCAAGCCGUAAAAGAGUCGGUGACGAAUGCCUAUAUUCAUCAAGAGAUGCAAUGGCAAUUUAUUCCUCCGGGAGCACCCCAUAUGGGAGGCCUUUGGGAAGCAGGCGUAAAAAGCUUCAAUACGCUAUUUUACAAAUGCACGGCCACACGAAAAUACACGUUCGAAGAGCUCUCCACGCUCUUGGCAAAAAUAGAAGCGUGUCUUAACUCCAGGCCGCUCUCUCCUAUGUCUGAAGAUCCGACAGACUUGCUGGCUCUGACGCCAGGGCAUUUCCUUGUCGGGGGACCCCUUAUGUCCACGGUGGAACCCGAAGUAAAGGGGGAAACGAAAUCCCUUCUUAAUCGGUGGCAGCAUUUGAAGGCUCUCCAUCAGCAGUUCCGUGUGCGAUGGAAAGAAGAGUACCUCAAAGAACUCCACAAGCGUUCUAAAUGGCAGGCCCCGUCCAAAAAUCUACGCAUCGAUGACAUGGUCGUCAUCAAGGACGACAACUUGCCCUCUAAUGAGUGGCGGCUCGGCAGAAUUGAGUCUGUUUUCCCAGGAGCUGACGGCAACGUCCGUGUAGUAAACAUCCGUACUGCACGUGGAGUUAUUAAACGUCCAGUGGCAAAAGUGGUGCUUUUGCCGACGGAGUCUUCCGAAUCUCCACAAUAAUAGGCGCUCCUCUCGUCCUUAGUUGUAGUUCACUAUCACUAAUCAUCCGUUAUUUUUCAUUUCGUUUUCGAUCUCCUUCGACAUUCGACUACGCGCAGCAUGGCUCCUCGUCAACAAAACGCACGCAGUGCUCGUGCCGUGGAGAGCAGACGUACCCGAGGUAUUCAAUCCUACCGAUGCCGAGUCUGCCGCG